GUUUAUUAUUUUUAAAGACUGUUGUGUUGAAAAAAUAUAAAUUAUUUAUUUUGUUAUUAUUUAAUGAAAUGUUAUUAAUAGAAUCAAAUCGACUUAACAUUGUUAAUAGAAUUUUAAAAAAUUCGAAAAACAUUAAUUUUUAUUUUUUGACAGCACGUAAAUCAGACAGUGUCAACGUAACUAUAAAUGACGUUUCAAAAAAAAUAAAACCUGCAAAAAAUCCAGAAUAUAUUCCUCAGAAAUAUUUGAUUAAAAAUCCAAGUCAAGAAGUAUUAAAAAAUUUGCGAUGGAUAAUGCAAAAAGAUAUUCUCGGCCAAGAUAUUUUUUUAAUGGGUGGACCGGGUCCCCGACGAAGAAAUUUAGCUUUAUCGUACCUUGAGCUUACAGAGCGAGAGGUUGAAUUUAUAGCUUUAUCUCGAGAUACAACGGAGACUGACUUGAAACAACGAAGAGAAAUAACCGAUGGUACGGCUAUUUAUCAUGACCAAAGUGCAGUUCGAGCUGCAACGCACGGUAGAAUUCUUAUUCUUGAAGGCGUAGAAAAAGCUGAAAGAAAUGUUUUGCCUGUUUUAAAUAAUUUAUUGGAGAAUCGAGAGAUGCAUCUUGAAGACGGUCGGUUUCUUAUUUCAUCAACUAGAUAUGAUAAACUGUUGGAGGAUCAUAGUCAAGAAGAACUUGAUGGAUGGAAACUCGUUCGUGUUAGUGAAGAUUUUCGUGUGAUAGCUCUUGGCUUACCAUCAUUACGUUAUCACGGUCAUCCCUUAGAUCCUCCUCUCAGAUCAAGGUUCCAAGCCAGGCAUAUUGCUCCCCCGACUUUCAAAGAACAACUGGAUACUCUGAAGAAUUUGGCGCCCCAUUAUGAUACAGGAAAAUUAUCACAACUUUUAUCUUGCUGCCACGCGUUUACAACUACAGAAGCUGUAACUUUAGGUCUUCCGGAUUUUCCAUUAAGUAAUUUAUUAAGCAUUGCUUCAAUUUUAGAUAAGUGUCCAAGUCUGUCGGUAUUUGACGUAUUUUAUACAUUUUAUCCGUAUAAUUUGUUUUUGGGAAAAGAAGGAAGAGAUGCUGUGGAACAUAUUCUCACUACUUUUGGAGUUAUAGAUAAAAAUAACCAUUUAAACAACACCUCCAGUGAUAAAAUAUCGGAAAUUGAAAAAAUAAAUGAUUCUUGCUUGGUUAAAUUGAAUAAAAAUAAUUGUCAAGUAACAUUAAAUGUUCCAAGUGGUCAUGAAAAUAAGCCACAUUCUGAUUCGUUUUACAUACCGACGUCCUAUCAAAACAACUUACUAACAAAUAUGAUAUUAUCUCAUGUAUCUUCCGACUACUGUAUAAUUGGCCCGAAGGGUUGUGGGAAAUCUGUACUUGUUGAUAAACUGUCGCAUGAUUUAGGAUAUGGAAUAGAACCUAUUGUCCUCUAUCAGGAUAUGACAUCACGAGAUCUGAUACAACAACGUUCUACGAAGCCAAACGGUGAUACUAUUUGGAAAAAUUCUCCUCUUAUUUCAGCAGCAUUAGACGGUAAGCUAGCUGUUCUGGAUGGAAUUCACCGUGUACAUCCCAGUAUAUUGGCAGUAUUGCAUAGACUUAUUUGUGAUCGAGAAAUUCAAUUACACGACGGAAAAAGGUUGAUUGGAUCUGAACGCUAUGAUGAGAUAAAAUUGAAAUAUGAAAAAACAGAUCAGCAGCUGACAGCUUCUGGAAUUUUUAGGAUAAAUCCUUCGUUUAGAAUCAUAGCUAUGGCUGAACCACCCGAUGUUAAUACUUUUAAUCAUUGGCUUAAUUCUGAACUACUGAGUUUGUUUCAUUUUCAUGAAAUUAGGCCUCUACAAAAAUCAGAGGAAAUUCACAUUAUUAAAACAAAGUACGGAGAACCCAGUUCAUCCAUGCUGAAAAUAAUUGAAUUAGCUCACACCUUGAGAUCCUCCAAAGAUUCAACUUUACAGUCUUUAGCAGGUUCCUUGAGCACACGACAAUUAUUAAGAAUAGCAGCAAGAAUGUCUAAGUACCCUAGUGAUAAUGUUUACGAAACCGUUCAGAAAGCAUGUCUUGCGCGGUUUUUGCCAGCAGUGUCAAAACAAGCACUUAUCGACUGCAUGAAACAACUUGGUAUUAAUCCAGUAAAAAGCAAUGUUGAAGAAUCAAUCAAGUGUAUCGUCGAUGAUAACACUUUGACUAUUGGAAAAACAACAGUGGAUCGUUAUAAAACAAAAGCGUUGACAAAAGUACCAAAUAUAUUAUUUUACGAUGUACCUCAACAUUUAAAAUUAUUAGAAAAUUUAUUACAAGAUUUUUUACUUGGCGAAAAUAUUUUGCUGGUUGGAAAUCAGGGAGUUGGUAAAAAUAAAAUAGUCGAUAGAUUGCUUCAGCUAAUGAAUCGUCCACGUGAAUAUAUUCAAUUACAUCGUGAUACAACAGUUCAAACAUUAACACUACAAACAAUUAUUAGAGAUGGGGUCGUUGUUUAUGAAGACUCUCCUUUGGUGCAAGCUGUUAAAUUGGGUCACGUUUUACUAAUUGAUGAAGCUGACAAAGCUCCUACUCACGUAACAUGUAUAUUGAAGACUCUUGCGGAAAACGGUGAAAUGAUUCUUUCAGACGGAAGACGAAUUUCUACAUCUAGUAGCAAUGAUCCAAAUACUAUAGUUGUACACCCGGAUUUCAGAAUGAUAGUUUUGGCCAAUCGACCUGGCUUUCCAUUUUUGGGAAAUGACUUUUUCGGUGUGUUAGGUGAUUUAUUUGCGACGCAUUCCGUUGAUAAUCCUAGUUUCAAUGACGAAAUAUCAUUAUUGAAACAGUAUGGCCCAGAUGUUGAUGAUAAAAUUAUUGAAAAACUUGUUCGAACUUUUGGAGAGUUAAGAAAUAUGUCAGAUCAAGGCUUAGUGGCGUAUCCUUAUUCAACUAGAGAAGUUGUAAAUAUUGUAAAGCAUUUGCAGAAAUUUCAAAAAGAACCAUUGUCGAGUGUCGUGCGAAAUGUUUUUGACUUUGACCGUUACUCAGCCGAAGUAUUUGAUACUUUAGUAAAGAUUUUACACAAAAAUGGCAUUCCUAUUGGUACUGAUGUGAAUAAUAUUGCAUUGGCAAAAGAAUUUCCUUUACCUGAUGUAAAGUUUGGAGGCAGUUGGAACAUAUCACAAGAAAAAAUUCUAAUACAUGUGCAGGAACAAUUUGUUAAAUUAAGCUCGCCAUUCUAUCCUGAACGCAAAAUAGAUUAUUUAGAUCGUGUUGAGACUAGAUCGGCAUGGUUUACUGAAAUGCAGAGUUACUGGACCAUUCCACAUGGUGAAAAUGAGUAUGUGAUUGGUUUAGCAGUGACGAAAAGCCCCAAAAAUGAUGGAAUCGACGAUAGGAUUCAUGUGUUGACGAUGAACCCUCUAUGUAUUUCGACAAUGACACUGAUUUCCAAACAAGUUGAUCAAAUUUUACUGAGCAGUUUUGUAAGCUUUGAUAAAAUUUAUCAACCGCGGCUUAGUAUUACUCCUGAUAACUCGGGAAAAUUAUGGAUUCACGAAGAAUCGUCCAAUACUUUGGUUGUCAUUGAUGUUGAUAACGGAAGUGCAAAAUCCGUAAAACUGUCAUCAUUUUUCAAAGAUGCCAGUAAUCGACUAUCAGGAGCAUUCAGAAAUCAAGCAACUAAGUGGAAAUUAAAAAAUGAAUUGAUAUCAUCAAAUAAUCAAGCUAUCUUGUACACUCCCAAUGGAAAUAAAAUAGACGUAUUGGAUUUAAAGACUAUGAAUUUAUUUUCAAUGUCACUGCCUUUGGACAUAGAAUCAAUUGCAAUAGUUUCACCGCAAAAGUGGUUGAUUCACAAUACGUCAAAAAAUUUAUUUAUUCUUGAAAAGUCUAUUGAUACAUUACCCUGUCCAAAUAUUUUACGGGUUGUAGAAAGGGACAGUAAAUCAAUAAACAUGGGAACUAUCAUAACUGCAAGCCAAAGCGGACUCAAUAAAAUAAAUUUAAGCAAAGCAUUAAAUCAGGAUAUUGAAUCACCAAACAGGUUUUUUGUUACUGAUUCCACUUAUGCAACUGUUGUUGUUGGAUUGCCUGAACUUUAUAGUACUAAUGAAGUUUACAUUUGGCCGCGAAAUCAAAGGGUUAGAGUCAGCAGUUCUCCGAUUGUUAAUGAUAGCCAAAUUAUAAAAGUUAUACCAUCAGAUAAAAUUCCCAAAGAAGCUACAGUUGAUGGUCAUAAUCAUAAUAUUUUUAAUUACCUAGAAGUUGUUGAUGUUGUUGAUCAUAAAGUUCGAUAUCUUCCGAUUCCGAUGACAAGCAGAGUACCACCGUCGUUUGAAUGGAUGUACCCUGAAGGUAUUCCGGUUUACAUUGCAGCCACUUCAAAUCAAAAUCUUGUUUCUGUGGAUUGUACAGGCUGCGUGAGUUUAUGGGAAACUUCUUCAGCUCACAUUGAAAAAUCGCUACUCGAAUGGCGUAAGAUGAUCGGAUCUGAUGGCGAACAUCUUCAACUUACUAAAGACAGGCACUCUGGACUUGAUACCAAUGCUCCGAAGCAUGGGAAAGUUGACCCUAAUAAUGAUCCACAUGUGGGUGGUAAUACAUGGGCUGGUGGUACUGGAGGGAGAGAUACAGCAGGUCUAGGAGGUAAAGGUGGACCAUAUCGAUUGGAUGCAGGUCACACAGUCCAUCAAUUGAGUGAUGAAGAAAAAAAUUCGGUGCCAGACCAUGUAAAAAAAGCCGCGAGAGAAAUGGGUGUACGUGCCUUCAAACAACGUUUACAAGAUAUUCGUAUGAGUGAAUACGAUCACGAGUUAUAUUCAAAAUUCAGCAAUGCAGUUACAAAGCAAGUAAAGACUUUGAGAGUAAUAUUGGGUAGUGUUCAAUCUAAAAGCAAUGAACGUCAAUGGUUGAAACAUCAAACGUCUGGUGAAUUGGACGAUACUAAAUUGAUCGAAGGUUUAACUGGCGAAAAAACAAUUUACCGUCGCAGAGCCGAAAAGGAACCUGAAAUAGGAGCACCACUACUGAAACCAAAGAGAUUUAAACUUGUUGUCGAUGUUUCUGGCUCUAUGUACCGAUUUAAUGGAUAUGACGGACGGCUGGACCGUGAGUUGGAAGCUUGCGUUAUGGUAAUGGAGGCUUUUAGUGGUUACGACGAUAAGUUUAAAUAUGACAUUGUCGGUCAUUCCGGUGAUACACACAAUAUUUUGUUUGUUGAUCAUAAUCAACCACCAACAAAUAAUAAAGAACGACUUGAAAUUAUAAAGAUGAUGCAUGCCCAUUCGCAAUUCUGUAUGUCGGGUGAUCACACGCUGGAAGCAACUCAGCACGCAAUUAGAAGCAUAAGUCGAGAGAAUGCCGACGAAUCCAUUGUUGUUGUUUUUUCUGAUGCAAAUCUCGAGCGUUAUGGAAUUCCGCCUCAACGGUUAGGUCAAUUAUUAACCUCCUGCCCGGAAGUAAACGCGUACGUUAUCUUCAUUGGGUCACUUGGUGAUCAAGCUACAAGAGUUAUUCAAAAAAUGCCUUCAGGGAGAGCAUUUAUUUGUAUGGACCUUCAGAAUAUUCCUCGAAUAUUGCAACAAAUAUUCACCGCAUCAAUGUUAAACACGCAGUAGUACUAAUGAAUAUAAAU